AUGGAUAGUGUCACAAUGAGGUCCAAGAAAAAGCACCUCCUUGUGCUCCUUUCCAUUGCUUUCUUACUUUUCUGCUACUUUGGUGCUCACCGACUAAAAAGAAGGGAGAGAGCAUGUGAUCUUCAAGAAACGCUGCCAUCAUAUCUCAACCCAUCUGUGCCUUCUGUGAUUUUCAAAUCAUCAUAUUCACAUGAAAUUAGGACUACCAAGUGUGACUUGAAAGAGUGCUUCAAUUUCACUGCAUGUUUAAAGAAUGGGUUUCGAGUGCACGUCUACCAGUCGUCGGUAAAGCCUGUCAGUGACUCAUAUCAAAGAAUAUUAAAUGUCCUAAGGCAGUCCUCAUUAUUUACGCCUGAUCCUAGUCAAGCUUGCUUAUUUAUCUUGGACAUCGAUACUCUUGAUCGUGAUAUCUUGAGCAAUGAUUAUGUGACCGAUGUGCCUUCACGUUUGAAAAACUUGCCACUGUGGAAUGGAGGAAUGAAUCAUGUUAUUUUCAACUUCUUUGCUGGGACAUGGCCUGAUUAUGAAGAGGAUCUGGGAUUUGACACAGGAAAGGCAAUCUUGGCUAAGGCUUCCAUGUCUCAAGAAGCUUAUCGUGUGGGAUUUGAUAUCUCUCUCCCACUUGUGCAUUCUGAACAUCCUGAGAAGGGUGGUGAACCAGGAUUGGCUAGUGGCAUGAAUUUCCCUUUAGAAAAGGAGUACAUCAUUUCUUUCAAAGGAAAGCGUUACACCCAUGGUAUUGGCUCAGAGACCCGUAACAGCUUGUUCCAUUUACAUAAUGGAGAAGAUAUUAUCUUUGUUGCCACCUGUCGUCAUGGGAAGUCAUGGAAGCAAACCAAGGAUGAGCGGUGUGAUGAAGAUGAUCUAGAAUUUGAACGGCAAGUACUGCUACAAAACUCUACCACAUGUCUUGUUCCACGAGGAAGACGUCUUGGAUCCUACCGCUUUCUCGAAGCUCUCAGGGCUGGCUGCAUACCUGUUGUUCUUGCCAACUCAUGGGUGCUACCUUUCUCAGAAGUUAUAAAUUGGUCUCAGGCUUCUCUGAUACUCGAUGAAAGGGACCUACUCCAAGUUCCCCAAAUCAUACGUUCUCUAUCCCAAGAAAAGAUCCUAGCCAUGCGCCAGCAGACACAAUUUCUGUGGGAACGAUACUUCUCAUCUAUGGAAUCCAUAGUCAUGACUACUCUCAAGAUAAUUGAAGAAAGGAUAUGGAGUCAUAUGAAGCAGGAAGCAGUGAUAUGGAAUAUGCCACCUGGAGGGAUAUUUCAUCAAUUGAGUGUGUCAUCCUUCCCACCCAUUUGUCCAAUUUGUGAGACUCCUGACUUGGAGUUGGAAGAGGGGUUCACUGCACUCAUAUAUGUGACAACAAAUCCUGCAUCCUCAACUGUCCCAUUCUUCCAUCUUCUUAAAAAUGUUCUCAAGAGCAGGAAUCUCAGCAAGGUAUCCAUCUGUCCUUUAGUUCUCUUACUGCUGCUGUUGGAGAGGAUUGUAGUACUGUGGUGUGCAGAUUCAGUUCCUCAAAGAAACCUGUUCCCAGUUGUAUCUGAGUCCCUCUUACAUAUCCUUGUUCCUCCCUUUUGUUCUGUCUCAGCCCGCUUUUAUCCCUAUCCCAUCCUUCCUCAUGGAGCUGUGUUUUCCCUUGAUGAAGAUGCAAGUAUCAAUUCAGAUGAAUUGGAUUUUGCCUACCAAGUUUGGAGACACUUUCCACAGAGGAUCAUUGGCUACCCUGCCCGAUCUCACUUCUGGGAUGAUGCCAAAAAUUCCUGGGGAUAUACAAGCAAGUCCCCUUGGAAUGACCCAGACCACUUUGUGCAAAGACAAAGCUGCAUCAAUACUUUUGUAGCUGUUUUUGGGUACAUGCCCCUUAUCAGGUCCAAUUUGCGCUUGGAUCCACUUUUAUUCCUAGAUGACGCACGGCGACCCAGCGUUUUCGGGUGUGCUGCAUAUCUCUUGAGGCUG